GUUGGUAAUACACUUCCCUUUUUGCGAAUUGCAUUGUCUUGGAAGCCUUCUCUCUUCCCGCCCUGGGAUUCGGACAUCGGGCAAAACACUCCUGCCUAGAGAAUCCCCAGGGACAGAGGAGCCCGGCGGGCUACAACCUCGGGGUCGCAAGAGUAGGACACGACUCAGCGAGUAACCCACCACCACAGGAAGGACUGCAAGCGGGAAUGGGGAGGAAGGUUGAGGGGACAGAAGGAUUUGGAGGAGAAAAGAGACGCUGAGGGGCAGGAAGAGACAGGAGUCAGGAGGGGGCAGCAACUGCCGGCGUCAGUGACGCGGGGAGGAGGGCGGGGCGGAGAGUAGACUGGAGUACGCAGCGAGCCCUCCUAUAAAGAGCUUCUCCUGUAAAUAGUCGGAUCCAACCAGUUUCCAGGUGGGGAUGGCCUGGACGGCUGGACCCGGAGCGCGUCUUGGUUUCCUGGCUCACUUUCUGCUCCUGCCUCUCAGGUUCUGCACGGCGCGAGGCGGGUCGCCCGGUGCUAUGAGCCAGCAUCGCACUCUCUGCAAUCCUCACUCUCUUUGCUACAACUUCACCAUCGAUCCUCAGCUUAGUCCUGGAGAGCCGUGGUGUGUGGUUCAAGGCCAGGUAGAUGGGAAUGUUCUUCUCUCCUAUGACUGUGGUAGCUCCAAGAUCCAAUCCACAAGUCCAUUGGGAGAGGAGGUGAAAACUACGCACACUUGGGAAAUACAGACAGAAACACUGAGAGACAUCGGGGACUUCCUCAAGUGGCAAUUGCCUGACGUCAUACUGGAGAAACACAUGGCCAGAGGCCCUCUGACCCUGCAGGCCAGGAUAACGUGCCGGUGGGAAGAGGAUGGACACAUCAGUGGAUCCUGGCAGUUUGGCUUCAAUGGUCAAAUGUGGCUCCUCUUAGAUUCAGAGAAUGAACACUGGACAGUGGUUCAUUCUGGAGGGAGGCGGAUGAAAGAGAAGUGGGAGAAUGACAGAGCUGUGACCGACUUCUUGAAGAGGGUCUCCAUGACAGACUGUCGGGCCUGGCUUCAGGAUUUCAUGGUGCGCUGGGAGGAAAUGUUGAAGAGCGCAGCAUCACCGACCACAGGCCCCUCUGCAGUCCAGCCCAUGGCCACAACCAUCAAGUCUAAAGCCUGGAUCCUCCCUGUGGUCCUCACCAGUUUCAUAAUAACUGUCUUCCUCGGCUGAGUCCUUUCAAAGAACAGGAAAUGCUGCUCCCAGGAAGCCCCUAACAGGUGGGCUGUUGGCCUCAGGACUCAGUCUUUGCUUGGCCGCCUUUGUUCUCCUGCUGUUCACUUUAGAGCCAUGAGAUCAAACCUUAGGAAUCGUAAGUCUGUCUACCAGUUAUGAUGACACAGUGGCUGCACCAUCUCCAGUCUCUUGUCAAAUCUGAUGAGCAUCCUCCUCAACAUCUUUAUUUUUUUCAAACCUAAUUUCUCUUGAUUUUGAGUUAUGGAAUUCCUGAACUGAAACUCUGAACUGUUUGAUCAAGAGAUCUCCACAAAUAGAAGUCUUUCAAUCUUUUUCUAGUUUUUGGAAAAUUAGACUUUCCCUGCAUCGUGAUCUUAUUCUUACAAAUGAUGAUAUUGCUGGAACAAUACAUCUGCUAUUACAGGACUCAGGUAUUUUUUUCUAUGUCCAGAGAAACAACUUCAGUGUAUUUUCAACAGAACAAAAUUUUAUGUUGACUGAUUCCCUUCAUAAUUUAUUACCCUAUGGGUGCUGAGUCAUGUUUGAUCUUUGUGACCCUAUGGACUGUAGCCCAACAGGCUCCUCUGUCCAUCGGAUUUCACAGCAAGAAUACUGUCGUGGGUUCUUAUUUCCAUCUCCAGGGGAUCUUCCUGACCCAGGGAUGGAAUCCAUGUCUCCUGUGUCUCCUGUGUUGGCAGACCAGUUAUUUACCACUAGCGCCACCUGGGAAGCCCUUAUCAGUUCAGUUCACUCCCGUUCAGUCGCUCAGUUCUGUCCGACUCUUUGUGACCCCAUGAAUCGCAGAACGCCAGGCCUCCCUGUCCAUCACCAACUCCCGGAUUUUACUCAAACCCAUGUCCAUGGUGUCGGGAACCCCUUAUACUGAUCCUUAAAUCAAUAUUGGAAAAGAGUUAAGUACUUCAUGCCUGUUUUCUAAUCCAGGAGAAAAGUCAUGGUAUUUCACCAUUCCUCCACAUUAUGGGAUUAAAUAAAACCAACGAUAAUGCUUUAUUUCUUGUGGAAACACAGAAUUUAAAGAUCACUCUUAAACAAACAUGCAGUCCAGUUGUGGAGUGAUCCUUAAAUUCUCUGGAUUUUUAAAAGUAUGUUUCACCAUAUCCCACCAGUAGGUCAUAUGUUCACCCUACUAUGCAGCCAUCCCAAUGUUAAUUCUAGGCUGGAAAACAUGGACUAAAAGCCAUGUAGAUACAGGCAGACCUCAGAGAUAUUGCAGGCUGGGUUCCAGACCAGGGCAAUAAAGUGAAUUUCACAAUACAGGGAAUCACACAAACUUUUUCAUUUCCACUGCAAUAUAGUGUUAUGUUGACACGGAAGUCUGUUAAGGGUGCAGUAGCUUUAUGUCUAAAUAAAUAAUGUACAGACCUUAAUACACAA